GAAGGGAGGGAGGGAGGAGGAGGAGGGGCUAAUUAAGCAUAAGCACUGUUCUGAUUAAGCGAGAGUGUGUAACGCCAGGAGGAGGGGGGCUGGGGCUCCUGCACCAGAGGAGGCCUGGGGCGCUUGGGUUAAGACGGGCAGCCCCAGCCCGGCCAGGCAGAAGCUAAACAGAGGGGCGGCGAGUCUAAUCACGCGAUUCCCCGAAGAGAUCGAGGGGGUGGAUCGGGGGCGCGUUUCCCGCGCGGGGCGCCAUGGAAAUGAGGAGCUUCGGGAGCUUCGUGAGCAUGAGGGGACGAGGCUCAGGCGACGGGGCGAGGAGCGUCGACAGGCGAGGCUGGCGAUUCCGCGGAGUGUCGCUCGACGAGAUGGAGGUGCGACGCGCGGUGUCGCUGCGCGGAGGGAGGUGGGUGGCCAAGGCCUGGAUGCUGCUGUGCGUGCUCGUUUCCACCGUGUUCUGUUUCUGGGCUCUGAUCGGCUCGUCCGACGUCGCGGGAUCCCGAUUUCUGUGGCUGUCUCCGGGCGAACGCGACAUCGACGUCGACGGCCUGAAGCAGCUCGAUGAAAUUUCCCUCGCAUUGCUGAAACUCGGCUUGCCCCUCUCUGCGUACGCCAUCUCUAUGCAGAAUCGCGCGCACUCGGAUUCGUCCAAUGCUGGUCUGCUGCUCGCCGCCAAUGCUCCUCCCGGCUUCGGGAUUGUCGAUCCUUCCGACGGGGCCGCCCGACAUCCUGUCCACGCCGACCGCGACGAGAGGGUUGCGCACAGCUCGGAGGCCGAGGACGGAGCACAAGGUUGGGAUGGGCAGGUUUCUCCGUCUGAGAUUAGCAUUUACAGCGUAGCGAGCAAUUACAACUACAUGCAGCAGUUGUGGGUUUUUGGAAACGUGUGCUACAAUGGCAGCCAUUUGAUCAGGCUGCAGAACGAGGUGUGCAAGGAGCCGGAGGAUGCCGCUCCUCAGAGCCCGCUGACGCCUAUCCAUUGCAGGAAUGGAGAUCUUUACGCGCGUAGGCUGGCCAUGGUGAAAGAGACGGGGCUUCCGAUGACUGAACGACUACCGGCCUGGAUGAAUGGCCGCGACAGCAUUACUUGGAGAAAUGAGACGGUUUCUUUGGUGAAUCUCGACUCUCGCACCAUGGACCCAUCUCGUUUCCUGCAGAAGGUGAAUAUGCUGCUGCUGCUGAACAAUGCAAGCACUUCAGCCUUCUUAGAUCAAAUCGGUACGUUCAUGUUCAUGACCCAUCGUCGUGUAGCGAAGAUUCUCAAGGAUCGAGCUGAUGGCGAAGAAAGAUUUCACAAGACAUAUCUGUCGACCAUUCUAUCACGGGCUCUGCCGAUGGACAGGACUCAGGUGGGAGACAUUUUUGAAGGGGGCUUGGUAGCUGACACUAGGGUGGAGUUAAACGAUCCUUUUUCGGCUGCCACAGAGGACAGGCCCUUAUGUUUUCGGAAGGCCGUUCUGACGGGAACACUGAAGGGAAGUUGCUGGCCCGGAGGAGAAGUUGUUGCGGAUAUGGUGCGUGACCACUUGAGCGAAAGGUUCGACACAAAUCUAAUCGCUCGUGCAUCCAAUGACUGGCCCUAUCUUGUUGCCUUGCUCGGGAACAACACUAGAAGAACAUUGUCCUCUAGAAGUGAAGAAGUUUUUCGUGCCUUGUUGGGCAGAAAGGCCCUGGGAUUGGAUGUGCACUUCAAAGACUACCGUGAAGUGGAUUUCAAAGAGCAAUUCGAGAUACUGCAACUGGCGGAUGUAGUUGUUGGGUUUUAUGGUGUAGAUAUCAUCAUUCCAUGUCUGUUCUCGCGGAAAAUGUUGGUUUUAGUUGAAAUUGUCCCCUACAAGGUCCAAGAUCGUGCCCAUGAAACACAGGCUCUUGACUCGGGCCUGAUAUACAUGGCGUACCAGUGCGAAGAGGGGAGCGUGCAAGAUGCUGAUUCCUUCUUCCGAAACGAGUCAGCUUCUAGUUGCACGUUGAAUCCAAAGUGCAGACAACACUAUGCUGCCGUCAGAAAAGUACAGCUUACAACAAGCGAUCUGGCCCAGCUUCAGAAAGUUGUCUCUCUUGCACGGUUGAUCGCCGCCGAGAUGAGUGCACAGCAACUGGCGAAGAGGAAAGGGCGCAUUCACGAUGCAUCCUCCUUCCUGGUCGAAAAUCUCAUCGGUGGUAAAGGCAAGUGUAAGCCUUUUACUCUUGCAGAACUACCAUCGGCAUCAUGUGGUACAAACUGGAUCAGCUUCACAAGCGAAAGUCAAGGUCCGAUGACUUGUUGUUAUUGAGCUUCAACUCGCUCAAGGUCCAACGUGUUGCGGGAUGGAAAAUUGUCAAGUCUCAUUGUUGCGAUGAUACUGUAACAGCCUGCCUAGCGAGGACUGAAAAAGAGCCUCUGUAAAUAAUCUCUCGAACAUGCAGCCCGCCCAGCAGGAAAUUUUCGGCUAGCAUGCCAGUCGCACUUGUACAUAUAGGAAAUUUUUUGUGACGGAAGAACAGGCUCCUUCUGGAUUUGCUUAGGUGUCAAAUGCGAAAACACCGUUCCCCUCAGCCUUAGUUUUGGAGCUAAUAAACUUGAUGCGAACGGGGACUGACUUCUAAUUGCUCAUCCUGUCUGGAAUGGAGUUGUACACUGCUGGGAGUUGCGGUAAGUCUUAGAGUUCCUUGUGGAGCCGGGGUUGCCCUCUUACAAGACGCUUGUAUUUGGCUCGAGUACAGGCCUUUUUGUCAGAGCACAGAUGUUAAUCCACAUUUUUCAAUGCUGAAAAUUCAUUGCAUAUCUUAACCCACUCUUCGUUAGCUUAACCAAAGUGUAUCUUACGGCACUGUUACGGCCAGUGGCAACCCCUGUAACAGGAAGAUGACCAGGCGAUUGACUUGCGUCGAACUGUAGAGCCGCCAUAUUCGUCACUCUGCGCUCACGGACCUUGUGUUUCUGCCUUAAAAAACUGCCUCCGUUUCGACAUACGCUACCGUUUCUAAAUCGUGCAUUGUAGGGU